UUUCUAUGCAUUUUCAUUUCAUUGCAAUUUCGAGCUUCUUCUCUCUCUCUCUCUGUUUCUCCUUCUGCAAGAAAGGAAAGUUUAUCUUCUCUGUCUGCUACAAGUUCCUCUCUUUCUUCCUUCCUUCCGCUCUUCUCGGUUUCAUCGAUGGAGAUUGAAGCUGCAAGUAGCCUUCUACUUAUACGGCUUUCAUCUGUUGCACUGCAGUCUGCGUCGCUUUUUGAUCUUUUCCAUUUAGACCAAGUUUUGAGUUGUUAAGAUCUUAUCUGGAUCCUUUGAUUUUUAAGCCGAUCCUCCCUUCGAAUUCGAUAAUCGCUAAUUGAAGAAUGUGUGGUGGUCCGGAUAGAUCAGCAAAAUCAUCCUCUCCGUCUCCAUCUACUGUAGAAACAUCUAACGCCAAAGAUAUGAAUAAUCUAACUGUUGAAACUGUAGACUCGUUUUCUAGUUUACUUGACCUUGCAGCUAACAAUGAUGUUGAAGGCUUUAAGCGAUUGAUACAGCAUGAUGCUACUUCAAUUAAUGAGGUUGGGUACUGGUAUGGCCGCCAAAAAGGAUCAAAGAAUAUUGUUCUUGACCAUAGGACACCGCUAAUGGUUGCUGCUACAUAUGGCAGUGUUGAUGUUCUUAAGUUUAUAGUUGCUCAUACAGAUGCUGAUGUUAAUCUCUCAUGUGGAAUGGACAAAACCACUGCCCUUCACUGUGCUGCUUCAGGUGGAUCUCUUAAUGCUGUUGAUGUUGUUAAACUGCUUUUAUCAGCAGGUGCAGAUCCAAAUUGCCUAGAUGGCAGCAACUAUCGCCCCAUUGAUGUCAUUGUCGUUCCACCCAAGCUGCAGAGCCAGAGAGCUGCUCUUGAAGAGCUUCUCUCAAACUGUGUUUCUAAUGGCUCAUUAGGUGAACAUAAUUCUAAUGGCUCACUUGGUGAGCUCUCUUCUAAUGGCUCUGUUGGUGAUCGCCCGUGUCUGCAGGUGUCAAUAAGCUACUCACCAACCCUUUCUUCCUCCCCAGAAAAUGGCUCACCGCCUUCUCCUUCAGUGUUGGCAUCUUCUCCAAUGGCCUCAAAGUACAAUGAUAUGCCAAUAAGUACCUCUGAGAAGAAAGAAUAUCCAAUUGAUCCAUCGCUCCCUGACAUCAAGAACAGCAUCUAUGCAACAGAUGAGUUUCGCAUGUACUCCUUCAAGGUCCGCCCAUGUUCUCGGGCAUACUCACAUGACUGGACAGAAUGCCCUUUUGUUCACCCAGGAGAGAAUGCACGUAGAAGAGACCCGCGGAAGUUUCAUUACAGUUGUGUGCCUUGCCCUGAUUUUCGUAAAGGGGCCUGCAGGCGUGGGGAUAUGUGUGAGUAUGCUCAUGGUGUUUUUGAGUGCUGGUUGCACCCAGCUCAAUACCGAACUCGGCUUUGCAAAGAUGGCACUAGUUGCAACAGACGGGUCUGCUUUUUUGCCCAUACACCUGAAGAGCUCAGGCCCUUGUAUGUUUCUACAGGAUCUGCUGUCCCUUCACCCCGCUCAUCUGCAUCUGCAGCUAGUGUAAUGGACAUGGCGGCUGCUUUGAGCCUUUUGCCUGGUUCCCCAUCAUCAGUCUCUGCCAUGUCUCCUACCCCAUUUAACCAAUCAAUGUCACCUACAGCAACUAGCAUUUCUCACUCAUCUGUUGCAUGGCCACAGCCAAAUGUACCAACGCUACAUCUCCCUGGCAGCAACUUUCAAUCAAGUCGAUUGAGAUCAUCCCUUAGUGCCCGAGAUAUACCGCCUGAGGAUCUUAAUUUGUUGUCUGAUUUUGAUGCCCAACAACUGAUUUUAAAUGAUUUACCAUGUUUUUCUCAGUCCCGUAACAAUUCUGCAUCUUUGAAUCGUUCUGGUUGGUCAAAAGCACUAGCUCCAUCAAAUCUUGAAGAGCUUUUUUCUGCUGAAAUCUCAUCUCCUAGAUAUGCUGAUCAAGCUGCUGCAGUUUUCUCCCCUACGCACAAGUCAGCUGUUCGCAAUCAGUUCCAGCAGCAGCAGAGCAUGUUAUCACCCAUCAAUACUACGGCUGUUUUCUCCCCAAAAAAUGUUGAGCAUCCCCUACUGCAUGCUUCAUUUGGUGUUGGAUCUCCUGGAAGAAUGUCACCAAGAAGUGUGGAGCCUCUUUCUCCAAUGGGCUCUCGUCUCGCUGCUUUUGCCCAGCGGGAGAAGCAGCAGCAACAUCAACUGCGUAGCCUUAGCUCAAGGGAUCUUGGAUCAAACAAUCCUGCAGCUUCUGUUGCUGGGUCUCCGGUGAAUUCUUGGACUAAGUGGGGUUCGCCAAAUGGAAAAUUAGAUUGGUCUGUUAAUGGAGGAGAUGAACUGGGUCGCCUGCGAAGAACAUCAUCAUUUGAGCUUGGAAACAAUGUUGAGGAGCCUGACCUCUCAUGGGUCCAGUCUCUGGUCAAGGAAUCGCCUCCUGAGAUGCUUAAGGAGAAGUAUGGUAUGCCUGUUUCUGGUGCAGCCCUGACUGGUGAGGGACUGAAACCUAAUUCUGAAAUUGAUUCUGUUUUAGAAUCUUGGCUUGAGCAGAUGCAGCUUGAUCAGCAGCAACAGCUUGUAGUCCAGUGAAAAUGAUUCAUUUUUACUCAUUGAGAUAGGUUUAAGAAUUUUCUCGAAAGUAUAUAUUUUUUUUGUGGGUUCUUAACUGAAGGGAAAGUGAAGUUGGGAAAGCAACAGUAAGGUAUGAAAAGAGAGGUGGAAGGUAAAGAAUUGGCUUGAAGUUUCACGGAAAUAUUCAAUUUUUUUUACCAUAUAUUGUUUAAAGCAAAGACAGGAGGAUGAAGCCUCGCUGGGCUAUGCUAAUGAAACCCAGUCCAGGUUAGGUCCUGAUCUUCCAAUAUUCUGUUUGUAGGAUAAUUUUUUUUCUCCAAAGCAAAGCCUUCAGCUACAUGUUUCAUUUUGCAAUGAAACCAUGAGUUGUAUCUUUUGAUAGCAUCUUUCUUGAACAUUUCCAUUUUAUCCAUUUACUACUGUUGGAUAAGAGAGGGUGAGGAGAGUAAUUCUUUUAAGAGCUACAAUGGAUGAUGUGUUCCAAAUAGAAUCCAAUAUGGAUGGUGAUCAGAUAGUGAGGAGCCAUUAUGUUUCCUUAUGAUGUAAAACUUAAAAGUUAUUAAAUUCUAUACCUUUGUUUUUUCUUUUA